AUGGAGCAGCGAGUGGGGUCACAGGGAGUGGGGGGCGAGCAGAGCUGGUGGGGCAGCGCCCCCCAGUACCAGUACAUGCCCUUCGAGCACUGCACCAGCUACGGCCUGCCCUCGGAGAACGGCGGGCUGCAGCACCGGCUGCGGAGGGACACAGGCCCCCGCCCCAGCGCCCACCCCACACAGAUCUAUGGCCACCACCAAGAGAAGUUCUUCGAGAAGGAGCCAGAAGCAGGGGUCCCCCAGAGGAGAGGGUCCAGCACAUCCAUGGAAAGCAAGGACGAGGACCAUGCCUCCAAGUGCCGCAACUGCUGCCGCCGCCUGGGCCACAUGGUGCGGAGGAAGCUGGGGGAGGACUGGAUCUUCCUGGUCCUGCUGGGCCUGCUCAUGGCGCUGGUCAGCUGGAGCAUGGACUACGUCAGCGCCAAGAGCCUGCAGGCCUACAAGUGGACCUACUACCAGAUGCAGCCCAGUCUGGCCCUGCAGUACCUGGCCUGGGUCACCUUCCCACUGGUCCUCAUCCUGUUCAGCGCACUCUUCUGCCACCUCAUCUCCCCCCAGGCUGUGGGCUCCGGGAUCCCUGAGAUGAAGACCAUCCUGCGAGGGGUCGUCUUGAAGGAGUACCUCACCGUCAAAGCCUUCAUCGCCAAGGUGGUGGCGCUGACCGCUGGACUGGGCAGUGGCAUCCCAGUGGGCAAAGAGGGCCCCUUUGUGCACAUUGCCAGCAUCUGUGCCGCGGUGCUCAGCAAGUUCAUGUCCAUUUUCUGUGGGUGCAGCCAGCAGCCAUACUACUAUACAGACAUCCUGACGGUCGGCUGUGCCGUAGGAGUCGGCUGCUGUUUUGGGACCCCACUUGGAGGGGUGCUGUUCAGCAUCGAGGUCACCUCCACCUACUUUGCUGUGAGGAACUACUGGAGGGGCUUCUUCGCCGCCACCUUCAGCGCCUUCGUCUUCCGUGUACUGGCCGUGUGGAACAAGGACGCUAUCACCAUCACCGCGCUCUUCAGAACCAACUUCCGCAUGGACUUCCCCUUUGACCUGCAGGAGCUGCCAGCCUUCGCUGUCAUUGGGAUCUGUUCCGGGCUCCUGGGGGCCGUGUUUGUCUACCUGCACCGCCAGGUGAUGCUGGGCGUCCGCAAGAACAAGACGCUGAGCCAGUUCCUGGCCAAGCACCGCCUGCUGUACCCUGGCAUCGUCACCUUUGUCAUCGCCUCCUUCACCUUCCCCCCUGGCAUGGGCCAGUUCAUGGCUGGAGAGCUGAUGCCCCGGGAAGCCAUCAGCACUCUGUUUGACAACAACACGUGGGUCAAACACACCGGGGACCCCAAGAGCCUGGGCCAGUCGGCCGUGUGGAUCCACCCCAAGGUCAAUGUGGUCAUCAUCAUCCUGCUCUUCUUUGUCAUGAAGUUCUGGAUGUCCAUCGUGGCUACCACCAUGCCCAUACCCUGCGGAGGCUUCAUGCCCGUGUUUGUGCUGGGCGCCGCCUUCGGGAGGUUGGUCGGGGAGCUCAUGGCCAUGCUGUUCCCGGACGGCAUCCUGUUCGAUGGCAUCAUCUACAAGAUCCUCCCCGGGGGCUACGCUGUGAUUGGAGCCGCAGCGCUGACGGGCGCUGUGUCCCACACGGUCUCCACGGCUGUCAUCUGCUUUGAGUUGACGGGCCAGAUCGCUCACAUCCUGCCCAUGAUGGUGGCGGUGAUCCUGGCCAACAUGGUGGCACAGAGCCUGCAGCCCUCCCUGUACGACAGCAUCAUCCAAGUCAAGAAGCUGCCCUACCUGCCCGACCUGGGCUGGAACCAGCUCAGCAAGUUCACCAUCUUUGUGGAGGACAUCAUGGUGCGGGACGUGAAGUUCAUCUCGGCUUCUUGCACAUACAGCGAGCUGCAGGCACUGCUGCAGACCACCCUGUCCACGCCGCUGCCCCCCAUCUUCCCUGUGGCCCCACCGCCCCCUGAAGAGCCCAACGGACCCCUGCCCAGCCACAAGCAGCAGCCCGAGGCCCCGGAGCCUGCAGAGAGAAGACACUCGGUCCUUCAGGCCCUGCUGCACUGUCUGUUCGGUGGGUCCCAGCAGAAGAAGCUUGCCCAGGACUCUGCAGACCUGGUGGAUCACAUGACCCCUGAAGAGGCGGCGGCCUGGGAGCAGGAACAACUGGCCCAGCCUGUAUGCUUCGACAACUGCUGCAUUGACCAGUCCCCGUUCCAGCUGGUGGAGCAGACAACCCUGCACAAGACACACACACUCUUCUCACUGCUGGGCCUGCACCUGGCCUACGUGACCAGCAUGGGCAAGCUGCGGGGUGUGCUGGCACUCGAGGAGCUCCAGAAGGCUAUUGAGGGCCACACCAAAUCGGGGGUACAGCUCCGGCCACCACUUGCCAGCUUCCGGAACACAACUUCUACCCGAAAGAGUGUCGGGGGACCGCCCCCUCUUGCCGAGGGCUGGAGUCUGCCUGAGGGACCUGGGGCCCCCGACCUCCCUGAGUCACCGGCACCCUCCCCAGAGCCCCCCACCGGCCCGGCCCCUCUGCGUGAUGGUGAGCUGGACGAUGUGGAGCUGGACGAGCUAGAGCAGGGCCCGGAGCCCGAGGAUGGGCUGGCCGGCAUCCUGCAGGGGCCCAGUCUGAGGUCCACGGACGCCGAGGAGGAGGAGGAGGAGCUCAUGCUCUGA